AUGUAUAUUUCAAAACCACCAUCACGAUCAAUUGACCGACAAAAAACAACACCGUUUUUGCUUCGACUUUUUUACAAAGUUGGUAGUUUUCAUUCAAUCGAUGAAUUUCAACCAGGAAGUCAACCAGUUGCCGAUGAAGUUCAAAUAUAUACAUGGAAAGAUGCAAGUCUUCAUGAACUAGCCCAACUCCUUUCAAAAGCUAUUCCCAACAACAAACAUACACGGUUUUCAUUUCGGCUUAUUUAUAGUGAUAAUUACAAAGAAAGAUAUCAAACAAAGGACAUUGGACAUGUUUCUUUAUUUUCAAAGAAUGCAGAAGCAUACAAAACUCUAGACGAUAUCCGCUUUGCUAUUGGUGACUGGAUCGAUGUUGCUGUUAAUAAUGAUGAAGGCCCAAAAAACAAAAUACUAAACCGGGGCUUUGGGAGAGGAAGACCUGGUGCACCAAUAAGAGGAAGAGGUAGUGGCUAUCCUUAUCCUGAUCUCCCGCCUGGACGUGAUUGGAGAGGAAGAGACAACGAUGGAAAUCAUGCGCGUGGAAGAUCAGGUCCUUAUAGAGGAAAAUGGUAA